AUGGACGUGGACGUGGACGUGGACGUGGACGUGGACGUGGACGUGGACGUGGACGUGGACGUGAAGGUGGACGUGGACGUGGAGGUGGACGUGGAGUGGACGUGGACGUGGACGUGGACGUGGACGUGGACGUGGACGUGGACGUGGACGUGGACAUGGACGUGGACGUGGACGUGGACGUGGACAUGGACGUGGACUGGAGGUGGACGUGGAGUGGACGUGGACGUGGACGUGGACGUGGACGUGGACGUGGACGUGGACGUGGACAUGGACGUGGACGUGGACGUGGACGUGGACAUGGACGUGGACGUAGACGUAGACGUUGACGUGGACGUGGACAUGGACGUGGACGUGGACGUGGACGUGGAGGACGUGGACGUGGACGUGGACGUGGACGUGGACGUGGACGUGGAGAACUUGGACGUGGACAUAGACGUGAACGUGGACGUGGACGUGGACGUGGACUUGGACGUGGACAUGGACGUGGACGUGGAGUGGACGUGGACGUGGACGUAG